AUGACGAUCAUUGAAGUGAAAACUUACACCGAUCUGGAUAAUCUGUUUCCAAUCACAUCGACAGCUCUGAAAAUAAUCAGCACUAGAGCAGGUUAUGUUUAUUUUCUAGCUAAUUCAUUGCUUCUUAUCUGUAUUAGUGUUGUACUUAUAAUCUAUGGUUUGCAUAUUUUAAAUAAGCAAUUUUGGACAGAAAUUGGAAUAAUCAUCACAAUCAUUGUUCCUGUUAUACUGCAACUGGCUGUCAAUCUGCUCAGUUACAAUGUGUGGAAGAAAUGGAAAAUAAUUCAUGCUUCUCAACUAUCAUGGAAUUUCAACAAUAUAUCCUCAAAAACAAAAAAUAGAAUCAAUUUAUUGUGUAAACGAGUGAAAAUCAGUUUCGUAUGCUCUGGUAUUGUAGUCGGAUUUGCUACUUCAGCGGCUCAAGUUGAUAUAUUGCCUCAUAUAUCUCGUUUCCUCCAGAAUCUCAAAUUUUUAGCUACCGCUGAACGUUACGUCCCCUUCUUGCGUCAAAUCUUUUUAUUAAGCCUUGUUACAACUAUGCUGCCUAUGUCUCUAUCACUUGUGCUGCCUUUAUACUACCCAUAUUAUAUCGACGCAUUGACCAAAAUUCAAUUUUAUAUUUUACAAGACGAUAUUGAAAAGUUUCAAAAAAACAUGCCUCCAGCUUCUGACAAUAAUCGUCAUUGUUAUGUUAAGAAAAAUCUGAGAAAAAUUGUGAAGACUCAUCAUAAAAUUUGGAGCCUUUAUUGCCAUUAUAACCGAGAACAAUUCUCAUUAAUUGGCAUGACAACUUUUUCUUUGUUACUUUGUAUAAUGUUUGAUACGGCUCUUCUUUAUUCGCCUUAUUACAGCACUGCUCCUCCAAUAAUUAACUACAUGGCAUCCCUAAUUAUGGCAUUCUAUUUUUCUGGAGAAGGACAAGCCUUUGAAGAUUUGGUUGACGAUAUUACCAAUUCUCUAUAUAAUCUUACCUGGUAUGAUUGGAAUGAUGAGAAUCAAAAAACUUUUUCUACAUUUUUUGGUUUGAGUAGACCAUUUAAACUACAUGGAUCUAUGAAUGCCAUGAUACAAAUUAAUAAUGCUUUGAGGAUGGCUUAUACUUUGGUGAAUCUUGCAAGAACCAUUUCACAUAAGUAA